AGUUUUGUCCCUGCUGAGUUACCGUCAUGCCUCCUGCUCUUGAUGUCACUUCCUGUAUCAUACAGUGUUGUUGUUGACCUGGAGAAUAGUAAAAGUGAAGCUACAGAGCAACCGACGUUUCCGUGUCCUUAUAUUAUUAUUGGUGUAAUGCCCAACCAUAUAUAUGGGUAUAUAACAAUUGGCGACGAGGUGGUGCGUCCUCACAUUGUGUGUUUAUUGUUUACCUUGGCCGUCCGUGUGUUUUUUUUUGACGAGCAUUAACGAGCAACCGCGGGAUACAGGCGGGGGUGCUGUCUACUUGCUGGAGAGUGGAUGACCAGCAUGUUACAGAGCACAGCUCUAUUGCAAGAGAAAGGCACGUUUCCAUGGUAAAGGACACUUAGAGAAGACAAGAAAAGGCAUUGACAUACAUCAAAUUUCCGAAGCAGAGGAAUAUAUUGGGGACAUUUUUUUUUUUUGAACAUGGCUGCACUGAUUGGACAUAUUGGACCUUUUGAGGAGGACACAGAACAGUGGAGUUCAUACACUGAAAGGUUUGAGUAUUUUGUACUGGCUAACAAAAUUGAAGAUGAUGUUUUGGUGCCAACAUUUUUGAGUGUUGUAGGAGGUAAAACAUUCACCCUAUUGCGCAGUUUACUCCAGCCUGACAAGCCAGGAGACAAAUCCUAUAGGGAAAUAGUGACAAUAUUGGGGGAUCACUACUCUCCUAAGCCACUGCUAAUUGCAGAGAGAUUCAGAUUCCAUAAAAGGAACCAAGAGGAGGGUGAAUCUGUCUCACAGUUCAUAGCUGUAUUGAAACGGUUGUCUGAACAUUGUGAAUUUGGACUUUCACUCAAUGACACCAUACGUGACAGACUGGUGUGUGGUCUACGCAGUGAGGCCAUCCAGAAACGACUGCUUACGGAGGCUGAUCUAACCCUGGAAAAGACUGUGCGUAUAAGUACAUCAAUGGAGAUGGCUGCCCAUGAAGCACAGCAGUUAAGUGCCUCAGUUCAAGUUAAUAAAUUGUCUUUGGAGCCACAAAACAAGGCGACAGCUGGCAAUCCAUGCUACCGCUGUGGGAGGCCGGUGUAAGGACUUGGACUGUAGAAACUGCGGGAAGAAAGGACACAUCGAACGUGCCUGUAAAGCGAAAAAGGCUCAGACGAGCAAACAGCACACUGAGACCAAGAAAAGUGGUUUCCAACGGAACAAGAGAAAACAGGUGAAUAUGGUGGAACGUGACCAGGAUGAGCCAAGCGACUGUGACUCUGAUGAUGAGAUCACAGUACAUGUUUUAUCUGUCAGGGACAGUGAUGAUGGAUAUUGGGUCACACCACUGUUGGAGAACCAUCCUAUAAGAAUGCAAGUAGACACUGGUUCACGCGUAUUGAUGGUAUCAGAAGCUGUUUACAGUGAAGAACUGCAGCACCUUGUGCUACAACCAACCCGGCUGAAGUUAAGGACCUACACAGGAGAACCGGUCCCAGUGCUGGGAGUUGUGGAUGUGACAGUGGAACACAACGGACAGAAAAAGACUCUUCCACUGUAUAUCAUUCAAGGCAAACGGCCAGCAUUGCUAGGCCGCCGGUGGCUGGAAAAGCUCAGGCUGAAUUGGCAGGAAGUGUUCCUAGUUAGGGAUGGGGACACAGGGCCACUACAGGAGAUUCUAAAGACACAUUCCCCCGUUUUUGAUGGAGAACUUGGCAGCAUGAAAGACAUUACAGUUAAGCUGACAGUGAAACCAGGAAGCGUGCCAAAAGCUUUCAAAGCGAGACCUGUUCCAUAUGCCAUAAAACCGAAGGUGGAGGCAGAAUUAGCCAGGUUUGUGAAGAGUGGAGUACUGGAACCAGUGAGCACAAGCGAAUGGGCAACACCGAUUGUUCCAGUCAUGAAAAAGGAUGGAACUCCACGGAUCUGUGGUGACUUUAAAGUCACAUUGAACCCUGUCCUACAUGCUGAGAAGUAUCCCUUGCCCCUUAUUGAGGAGCUUUUUGCAGGCCUAGCUGGAGGCCAGAAGUUUAGUAAGAUAGAUUUAUGUCAAGCCUAUCUACAAAUGCAUGUGGAUUCAGAGUCACAAGAGUUGUUGACUAUAGUGACACACAAGGGCCUGUAUAAGUACCGCAGGCUCCCUUUUGGAAUUACCUCUGCCCCAGCACUGUUCCAAAGAGCCAUGGACCAGAUUCUCAGUGGGAUACCAGGGGUCCAGUGCUAUCUCGAUGAUCUGCUCAUCACGGGACCGGAUGAGCAGUCACACUUGAGGAAUCUGGACAUCACACUGCAAAGAUUGGAGGAAUAUGGCCUGAGAGUUCGGAAGGAUAAGUGUGAGUUUUUCCAGCCUUCUGUUGAAUACCUGGGGCAUGUAAUCGACAGCACAGGACUCCACAAGGCACCAUCAAAAGUGAAGGCUGUUGUAGAGGCUCCAUCUCCGAAGAAUGUAAGUCAGCUAAGGUCAUUCCUGGGCCUCCUAACAUACUAUGCAAAGUUUGUGCCUAACCUUGCAAAUGCAUUGAAGCCUCUGCAUGAAUUUCUGAACAAAACUAAGAAAUGGAAGUGGACGUAUAAAUGUGAGACAGCUUUCAAGGAAGUGAAGACAGCGCUGUCACAAUCUGAGGUACUCACUCAUUUUGACCCCACAUUGCCAAUUCAGCUGGCAUGUGACGCCUCACCUUAUGGUGUGGGGGCAGUAGUGUCACACAUAAUGCCAUCGGGCGAUGAAAGGCCCAUCGCUUUUGCAUCAAGGACAUUGAGUAAAGCAGAAAGCAAUUAUGCCCAAAUUGAGCGUGAGGCACUAUCUAUAGUGUUUGGGGUGAAAAGAUUUCACCAGUACCUUUAUGGCAGAAAAUUCACGCUACUGACUGACCAUCGGCCUCUCACCUCCAUUUUUGGUUCCCAUACUGGCAUUCCAUCGCUUGCUGCCAGCCGUAUGCAACGAUGGGCUCUUUUACUGUCUGCCCACCAGUACGACAUUAAAUAUAGGAAGGCAGAUCAGCAUGGAAAUGCUGAUGGGCUGUCAAGACUUCCACUGCCGGUCACACACAUUGAGCCAAACCAGGCUGAGAUAUUCUACUUCAAGGAAGCGGCUGCUACCCCAGUGACCUCAGCUCAUGUGAAGAGACACACUCGCAAUGACCCAAUCAUGUCUGAAGUUAUGGACAUCAUUGCUUGCGGCAGAAAAGGAGAUAUGACCCAAAGCUUAAAGCCAUAUCUGAUGAGGAGAAAUGAGCUUUCAGUCCAGUCGGGAUGCUUAUUGUGGGGCUAUCGUUUCAUUAUUCCUCCACCAUUAAGAGCAAAAGUGCUUGAUGAGCUUCACUCGGGGCACUGUGGUGUAGUGCGAAUGAAAGAAAUGGUACGCAGCUAUUUCUGGUGGCCAAGCCUGGAUGCAGCUAUAGAAGAAAAAGCCAAGUCAUGCUCUGCCUGCCAGAAACUGAGAAACCUCCCACAGCUGGCUCCCUUGCAUCCGUGGGAUUGGCCUGAGGAACCAUGGCAAAGAGUCCAUGUUGAUUUUGCUGGACCACUGGAGAACCACAUGUUCUUCGUUGUAAUUGAUGCUCAUAGCAAAUGGCCUGAGGUCGCUGUCAUGAAGAGCACCUCGUCAGAGAGAACCAUUGAAGAGUUGAGAUCCAUUUUCAGUCAUAAUGGUCUGCCACAGCAGUUGGUUAGCGACAAUGGUCCACAACUGGUGUCAGAAGAAUUUAAGGCAUUUAUGGAGGAGAAUGGUAUUCAGCACAUCAAGUCUGCGCCCUAUCAUGCGGCUACAAAUGGGCUUGCGGAAAGAUUUGUACAGGCUCUGAAGAAAGCUCUCAAGUCCUCUCCAAGCACGCAAACCCUUAACAGGCGCCUCAAUGCUUUCUUGUUGGCAUAUCGAAACACCCCUCAUGCUACCACUAAGGUGUCCCCUGCCUCAGCGAUGUUCAAGAGACAACUCCACACUCGACUAGAUCUCCUGAAACCUCAAAAGACAAGAGAGGUUGUGCACCAGCAACAGAAGGCUCAAGUGGAAAGACGGGCAAAUGCAAAAUUGCGGAGCUUCAUGGUAGGAGACCGGGUUCUUGCUAGGAACUACACCAACGAUAUAAAGUGGGUGCCUGCGACCAUUGUUUCCAAAACAGGUCCUGUCUCAUAUACUGUAGAAACCAGUGACCAUCGCAUCUGGAGAAGGCACCUCGACCAACUGCUGCACACUUCUGGGUCUCAUGAUGACUCACGCCAGCCGACAUCUUUUGUUCCGGAGCUGUGUCCUUCCCUGGAGCAGCCUCAAACCCCAGACACGGCUGCUGUUCGAAGUACACCUGGAUUUGCUCCUAGCACACCAGAACCUGCACGAGUACCUGCCUCAGGUUUCACUUCACCCAGACCAGAACCCACACCAUCUACAGUGACCGAAGUGCCUAGAGGUCGUGUUUACCCUCAACGAGAAAGACGACCCCCAGAUAGACUGUCAUUGUAGUCUAGGCGCUGACCCGUGUCAUUGGGGCAGAAUAAUCCCCAGGGUUCAGUUUGGGAUUGAGGUAGUCCACCCUCAUUCUCUAGUUCAGGCAAGUGUUGUAUUUGGUUAAAGUUAUCGUUGAACAGUUUAUAUUUCACAAAAGAGACUAACGUGUAUUUUGAAGUUGGCUUUGAUUUUGUUAUUUUAUUUUUUGUUAAGGGAACCUUAAAAGUAAAAGGGGAGGGAUGUUGUGUAUUAACAGUCCUAGUUUUGUCCCUGCUGAGUUACCGUCAUGCCUCCUGCUCUUGAUGUCACUUCCUGUAUCAUACAGUGUUGUUGUUGACCUGGAGAAUAGUAAAAGUGAAGCUACAGAGCAACCGACGUUUCCGUGUCCUUAUAUUAUUAUUGGUGUAAUGCCCAACCAUAUAUAUAUAUAUAUAUAGCUAGAAUUCACUGAAAGUCAAGUAUUUCUUAUAUAUAUAUAUAUAUAUAUAUAUAUAUAUAUAUAUAUAUAUAUAUAUAUAUAUAUCUUAACCACAGCCCCCGCCCCACCCCCCACCUCCCGAAAUCGGAGGUCUCAAGGUUGGCAAGUAUGCCAUUAACAAACAUAAAUAUCUCCCAUCCGGGGCUCUCAAUCCUUCACACAGCACACUUCUUUAUAUGUCAUAGGUAGUGAUGGGUCCGGCAACACCGAUGCAUCGGCGCAUGCGUCGAGCUCAUAGAGCGAAACCCUGUGUCGGUGCGCGUACCGCUUUUAGAAAGUCACGUGACCGAUCAUGAGCUGUUUUGGUCACGUGACCGAUACGCGAACUGUGUCGCACUGACGCCUCCUCUGUGCCCUGUGAAAGGGUCUUUUCUACAGCCGGAGAAAUAAUAACUAAGAAGAGAAAGCGUCUAAAAUUGAAUACGUUGGAAAAACUGUUUUAAAAAAAAAAUAAAAAUGUGUAAAAAAAAAAAAAAAAUUCCAGGUCCUCAUUCACAACACAUUCUCUUAGAUUUCCAUGUUAUGAUGCAUGUUCACAUUAUUUAUUGACUGUAUCUAAAAAAGACAAAAAAUAUAUUUUUAUUUAAAUGAAGUUAUGAAAUAAUCCUAAAUGAAAUACAAUGACUUGGCUUAUAUUAUUGUAUAUACUAGGUCAGUGGUUCUCAACUUUUUUUCAGCAAUGUACCCCCUGUGAAUUUUUUUUUAAUUCAAGUACCCCCUAAUCAGAGCAAAGCAUUUUUGGUUGAAAAAAAAAAAAGAUAAAGAAGUAAAAUACAGCACUAUGUCAUCAGUUUCUGAUUUAUUAAAUUGUAUAACAGUGCAAAAUAUUGCUCAUUUGUAGUGGUCUUUCUUGAACUAUUUGGAAAAAAAGAUAUAAAAAUAACUAAAAACUUGUUGAAAAAUAAACAAGUGAUUCAAUUAUAAAUAAAGAUUUCUACACAUAGAAAUAAUCAUCAACUUAAAGUGCCCUCUUUGGGGAUUGUAUUAGAGCUCCAUCUGGAUUCAUGAACUUAAUUCUAAACAUUUAUUCACAAAAAAAAAAAUCUUUAACAUCAAUAUUUAUGGAACAUGUCCACAAACAAUCUAGCUGUCAACACUGAAUAUUGCAUUGUUGCAUUUCUUUUCACAGUUCUUUUUGACAGACAUUUUAGUGACAAACCUGAGCUUGUGCUUCACUGAGUUUAUGAACUUACAUUCAUAUUUUGUUUAAGUAUUAUUCAAUAAAUAUAUUUAUAAAUGAUUUUUGAAUUGUUGCUAUUUUUAGAAUAUUUAAAAAAAAUCUCACGUACCCCUUGGCAUACCUUCAAGUACCCCCAGGGGUACGCGUACCCCCAUUUGAGAACCACUGUACUAGGUCAUAAAAUCAGUGUCAGUUGAGUCGGUCCAUAGGUUGCCUGUAGGGAUUUUUAAUGUCCAGCAGAUGUCAGUAUUUAGUGACACAGUAUCGACACCGUAUCAAUACAGUUUUGCAAUGUUUUGAAACGCUUCAUGACGCCUCAUCAACCCAUCACUAGUCAUAGGUAAUUGCCUAUAAAAAAAGAGAAACACAACAUAAGUAAAAAAAAAUGUCACCAGUAAUGUCCUUAGUGGGGAAAUAGUGGAUGUCUCACUUACCGCCUGAUGCACCUGCCUUGACACAGAGGAGAGCCAGACCUGAAUGAGGCAGAAUUAAGAAAGGUUUGUAGCUGGGCCCCACCUGGCCGCACAGCUGGUGACACUUCAGGCUAAUUGAGCAGGUACAGGGGAAUGAUGAUGCGGCCAAAGCUGGGGCGUUGUCUUCCGUGUUCCACUCUGCCUCCAUUCCCUGGCUCCUCCCCUGUGAGGUGCCUACCUGUCAGGCGGUGCAUGAGUGAGGCUCCACAGUAAAUACUAAAUGUUAUUAUAAAUGUGCCUGUUACUACAUUACAUAUAUACUUACAGUAUGUAAUUAAAACCUUAAUGGGGGUGGUUGGAAGUUUUUUUUAAGAAUAGAGCGGCUCCCAUAGGCUCCAUUAUAAGCUGACUUUUAAUUGCAUUUAUUUACUAUUUAGAAUGCAUAAAAAAAUGCAUCCGUCGUAUGUCUUUCAUAGUGAUUGUGAACGAUAGGCAAAAUUCCCAAAAAAGUGCAGUUCCCCUUUAGGGAAAUUGCUCUUUAAGUAAACAGCACAGCAUGUACUGUAACAAUGAAAUACCAUUGUAUGUGGGUAACAAGAACAACAAACACUUAAAAUUUAAUUUAGAUAAGUGGCCGCAAGGGAAUGUGGGUAUAACUGUCAAACUCCCCUGAAUGCUGCAAUAUGACAAUUAAAUGUGCAAUGUAUCUUUAAAAGCAGCGCACACUUAUAUGGAGCCCAGGCAGCAUCAUUCAUGUUUUAGUUAUUUAGUUAUAGGCAAAAUAAAAGUGACACUUGUCAAACAAUAUUGUCAUGUUUUGUUGUUAAAUGAGCUUUAUAAAUAUGAGAUCAAGUUAAUGAACCAUGAUGAGCACACUGUGUACUGGCUGUGUCUUGCAUCAGUUUGCGCUACAAGCAUGAGACUUAAGUGGCCCUAAAGCGAAGCUUGGAAUGACAUGUAACUGAG